AUGUACAAGUCCGAAAUAGAAACAUCUUCGACUGAAUCUGCCACAAAUGCUUCUUCCUCGCAACAUCUUGAAAUAGAAACAAAUUAUAUGUCAAACGACACAUCAAGAUUGGUAAAGAAGAAGAAGACGAGCACAAAGGCAUUAGUGAAGCGUCUACUAGGCGUUGUGGCUGACUUAAGUUCUAAAGUAGACCGUGUAUUACAUAAAAAAGAUGAACCGGACACAAAUGUUGAACCAGACAGAGGGUUUCGAGAGGAGGAAGAGGUGGAGGAGGAGGAAGAGAUGAUAAAUGAAGAGGAUGAAGAAAAAUAUGACCAUGAUAUAUAUUUUGACUAUGAUGAUAUAGGUACUCAUGGUUUGGAGGGAGAAUUUGGGCCUACACCUACGCAUGUUGAGCCGUCAUCGGACGUGGGUGAACAUCACACAAAAGAAAUGACUCCUAUUGUUAGGCCGCAACGAAAGAGGGGUGUUCCAUGGUAUCAACGGACUCCGUUCACAGUGUUGCAAUCCACACCAAAAUUGAAGAAAAUCACCAAAGCAAAGAAAAAAAAAAGUGGUGAAGAGUCCUGA